GGGGUGGAGCCACCCCAUUUCUCCUAUUAAUUUUUUCUACUUGUUUAAUGUGCUUUAUUUGCCUUCCAACCUGCGCAAUUCAAAACUGUGGAUAAAAGGGGAACAGAGGAGUUCUUAAUUCUUAGCUAGCCUCUGCUCUUGCUCACUCUCUCACACACACACAGUAGCUAGUGUGAGAAUUUAAUGCAUGCCAACUGCCUUUGCUCUCUCCCUCUGUCUCUCUCUCUCUCUCUCAUGAGUGAACCUUGUGCGCUCUGCAAAUCUUAAAAAGAGGCUGAAGCACACAAGUCUCCCAAAAGGAAGAGCAGAGAACCCUCUUAAGCUCUUCUCUGGAAUUCUUCUUCACUGUUCUAGUUGAUUCUGCUGCUGUGUUUUCUUUCAUCUCCCCAUUUUUGCAUCAGGAAGGAUGAACAAGCAGGACUUCGUCAAGAUUCAGACAUGUGUUCUCAGAGUGAAUAUCCACUGUGAUGGGUGCAAGCAGAAAGUAAAAAAACUCUUACAGAAAAUCGACGGUGUGUAUACCACAACCAUAGAUGCAGACCAGGGGAAGGUGACAGUCUCAGGAACUGCUGACCCAUAUACUCUCAUAAGGAAGCUUGAGAAAUCAGGGAAACAUGCAGAGCUGUGGGGAGCUCAAAAGGGUUCAAACAAUUUCAAUAUCCAGUUCAAGAACAUGCAAAUUGACAGCGGCAAAGGUGGCAAAGACAACAAAUCUCAGAAGAGUGGGAAGGAGCAGCAGCAACCAAAGGGUGGCCAGCAACAGAGUAAGGCCUCCAAGGACCAAAAAUUGCCCCACAAAGACCAGAAAUCUGUGAAGUUCAUCUUGCCCCAACACAAUAAUUUUGACGAUUUUGAUGAUGAUUCUGAUAUGUUUGAUGAUGAUGAUGAUUAUGAUGAGUUUGACGAUGAUGAUGAUGAUUUAUAUGGGGGUGCCCAUCAUCCGCCCUACAAAAUGACGUCCAUCAUGGGUAAAGCCCAAGGAGGUAACGGGUUGAACUCUGGGCAUCCCGUGAAUGAUAAGAAGGCCACUACCAAGAAAGGUGGGGUUUUUGACAUACCUGUGCAGCUAAAGGGGAUCCUCGGAAAAAAUGAUGGGAAGAAUGGGAAUGGAGGAAAGAAAGGCGGUGAUAAAAAUGGUGGUAAAAAUGGCGGAGAUGGUAAAAAUGGAAAGAACCAAAAGGGCGGCGGGGGUGGAAAUAAUGGCGGCGGCGGCGGCGGCGGCGGCGCCAACAAUAAUGGGGGAAAGAAAGUUGGAGGAAAGAAUGAGGGAGGGCAAGGAAAGAAUGGGAAAAUGCAAAAUGGGUCUCAUGAGGUGAACGUAUCUGGAAAUGGGAAAGGGGGAAGCGGGGGCCAAAUGGGUAAUUACGCAGUGGGUCAUAUGGGCAAUUUUCCGGCGGUGCAGGGGCUGCCGGCCGCCGCGGCCAUGAACGGCGGCGGGUACUAUCCGUCGAUGGGGAUGGGGAUGGGGAUGGGGAUGGGAAUGGGGGCGGCGGCGGCGGCGGGUAACCCUUAUGCGGCGGCGAUGAUGAACCAGCAGAGGGCGGCAAACGGGAACGACAUGUACCAGCCGAUGAUGUACACGAGGCCGCAGCCGCCCAUGAGCUACUGGCCGCCGAUGCCGCCGGUGGCGGAUCCGUAUACUAGCUUCUUCAGUGAUGAGAAUGCCAAUGGCUGCAGCAUUAUGUAAAUGGGGGGAAAAUGGAAAUUUUCCUCCUGUAUUUGGUAUGGCUUUAGGGUAUGUUUGGAAGAAUCAAUUUCAUGUUUUGAAAUUAGGGUUUGUAUAAAUUUUGGGGAAUCCAAUAUAAUUUUGUACUUUAUUA